CCGCAUUGGUCUUUCGACUGAUGCCUUAUCUCGUCCAGCAAUGGACAGCCAACGCAGGUCAACAUCUUCCAGCGGCGUCCAAAACAAAGAAAAUACAUCUCAUGAUCACCAUCACGAGUCUACACCCCCACAGGAUGAUGUCUCUCGACUCACAUGCGAAUGGAAGAAUUGCAACUAUGCCGGUAGCUUUCGACGUCCAGCAGAGUUGAUGCGGCAUGUUCAGACCAAGCAUAUCUCUCCUCGCUCUUACAAGUGUUGGAAGGGGGAAUGCAAGGCAAAAUUCAACCGAAAGGAUAACUUGGAGGAGCAUCUACGGCGUGUUCAUUAGAUUAUACCGUGAUAUUUGGGAAUAUCUUCGUGUUAGCUUUUGCUGUCUAGCAUACUUCGAUGCAUCGGUUUCUAUCCCUGCCCCCUGUUUUUCGUCUCUUUUAUGCUGCCGUUCCUUG